AUGAUAAAGAAGAAUUGGGUGGAGUUGCCUCCACACAGUCAAGAAUAUAAGGAUGAUGUCAAUUACUUUUUGGAUAUCGCGUUUACUAAAGGAAUGGUUGAAGAAGAAGAGAUUUUGUGUCCUUGUGCUGUAUGUUGUAAUGAUAGUUGGGAAGUAAGAGAUGUAGUGUAUGACCAUUUAUGCAGCAAAGGAUUUGUAAAUUAA